UUAGUCCAUCAAUCCACACUGUGUCAAAUGCAGCACGGAUAUCGAAUAAGAUCACGGCAGUGUGACGUUGUUGAGACAGAUUGUUUCGGAUGUGAUUUUCGAGUCGUAGUACAUUAAACAUCGUACUUUAUAUUUGUUUAGGAAUAUGGACAGCCAGAUGAUUAUCUAUUGAAAUUGUUACAAUGUAAAGCCAGUGAAAGUGUAAAAUAUAAAGGAAAAAAAGAAAAACGUUUACAACGAGCUACAUUUCGUGAAAUUUAUAAUUCAUUUGAGGUGAAUUUGAAAAAAAAGUUGAUAACUGAUUAUGUAAAAAUUUUUUUUAUUUUCAAGACAGAAACAUCGCCUCAAUUUGAAGUUAAAUUCGGCCGUGAAACAUUAGAAAUUAACACUUGGAUUAGAAGAUUACAUUAUAAUAUCUUUUCUCGUUUAUUGGGCACUGGAAUGAAUACACAUUUAAAACAGUUAGCAAACAAAGCUGCAUUUAAAUCUCGAACACAAACACUGAAAAAAAUACGUGAAAAUAAACAUAUACGGUCUUAUCAUGAUGAAGAUUAA